GCGACUUCAGGCAGGCAUUCUGACACUGGGUGGGAACCGGCUAACUGCCACUGACAUCCCCAGUGACACUAAUACAGUGAUCAGUGCUAAUAAAAAGCACUGACAUUGUACUAAUGACACUGGGCAGGAAGGGGUUAACGUCUGGGGUGAUCAAAGGGUUAACUGUGUGCUGGUUAACUGUGUGCUGUGUGCAUGCUUUACACUGUAAGCACACUGCUUUGACCGGCUCUGCUGUGCAGAGCCUUAUAAAGCAGUGUGCGGAAGCUGACAGGAGAGAGAUCUGUGUUGUUUAUACACAGGUCUCUCCCCCGUCGGUAAUACUCGCCAGCUGGGACCCGGUG